UGCACGCGGCGCGGGAGGAGACUCGCGCGAGGCGACUGUCAUUCGCGGACCAAAACCCUGACUGGACAUUAUUACCUUUAUUUCAAUAGAUAUCCGUGUGGCGUACAGCUGUUUUAUCACACCUUGCGAGAGUUUAAACCUGGAACAUACUUAAUAUAACGUUACCCAGGGCCAGGUUUACUUGGAAAGAGUUUUAUUCCCAAGAGAACUCCCGACGCGUUUGGUCUUCCUAAAAUAUAACGAGGACGCGUUAGUAAAGGCUUUUUUGGACAGAUUUCCGUUCCCUUUUUAAUAUUAUUUCGUUAUUCGACAAGUUUUUAUUCAUUCGUUGGUCGCUUUCUAACGGGAUUUAAACGCUAGCUAGUCUGUAAACUAGCUGAGUCCAGUAAAAAUGGGUUUGCACCCGUUGGAGUUCAGUGAGAGUUACCUGGACAGUCCUGCUUUCAGGGAGAAAAUCAAAGCUCAUGAAGCAGAGCUGGACAAAACCGGCAGGUUUAUCAAAGAGCUGUAUAAAGAUGGAAAGAAUCUCAUCAAUGCCACAAAACAGCUUUCAUUGGCCCAGAAGAAGUUUGCUCAGUGCCUGGGUGAGUUCAAAUUUGAGUACAUCGGCGAUGCCAAAACUGACGAUGAGAAGUGCAUUGAUGAAUCAUUGCAAGAAUUCUCCUCCUUUCUUAGAAACUUGGAAGACCAAAGAGAUCUGAUGAUGAGAAACAUCACAGAGACACUGAUGAAGCCAUUAGAAAAGUUUCGGAAAGAGCAUCUCGGCUCAGCAAAGGCAGAGAGAAAGAGGUACGAGAAGGAAACAGAGAAGUACUACAGCUCAUUAGAGAAACUUUUGAACAUGUCAGCAAAGAAGAAAGAGCCACAAUUACAGGAGGCAGACAUGUCGGUGGAAGCGAUGAGGCAGCACUUUCAGGAGUCAUCUCUGGAAUAUGUUUGCAAGCUGCAGGAGAUACAGGAGAGGAAGAAGUUUGAGUGUGUCGAGCCUAUGUUGGCGUUCUUUCAGACUGUAUUUACUUUCUAUCAUCAGGGAUAUGAGUUGGCCAAAGACUUUGACCAUUAUAAAAAGGCCCUUCAAAUCAAUAUUCAAAAUACACGGAGUCGUUUUGAGGGCACACGCUCUGAGGUGUAUGAGUUAAUGAAGAGAAUCAAAGAGUCGCCACAGGAAUACAGACAGACCAGCCCCAUCAGCAGUGAGGGCUAUCUUUACGUACAGGAGAAACGACCUCCUCCUUUCGGAUCCAGCUGGGUGAAACGCUAUUGCACGUUUGUCAAAGAACAGAAAAUUCUACACAUGAAGACAUUUGACCAGAGAUCGGGCGGGAAGCUUGGUGAGACAGAGUCUGUUACAAUCAAGUCUUGUGUCCGCAAAACCACAGACACUCUUGACAGGAGGUUCUGCCUAGACAUAGAGAUCACAGAUCGACCGAUCACAGUACUGACAGUCCAGGCAGUCUCAGAAGAUGACCACAGAUUCUGGAUGCAAGCGAUGGGAGGAAAGGAGCCGAUGCAGUAUCUCAACCGGACACAUUCACGAGAAAGAGGAAUUGAUGCCCAGUUGGAUGACGUGGGAAUAUGCUUUGUGAAAAAUUCAAUAAAUGCCAUUGAAACCAGAGGUAUUAAUGAUCAAGGUCUUUACAGAGUUGUCGGGGUCAGUUCAAAAGUACAGAAGCUUCUCAUUUUAAUGAUUGAUGAGAAGAGCAGUGAAAUAGAUUUAGCAGCCAGUGAGGACUGGGAUGUCAAAACCAUCACCAGUGCUUUAAAACUUUACCUGAGGAGCCUUCCAGAGCCGCUAAUGACAUACGAGCUGUAUAAGGAGUUCAUCGUCCCUGCAAAGAGCGCUACUCCAGAAUCUAGAGUUCAGGCCAUUCACUGCCUGGUUCAUAAACUGCCAGAGAGGAACAGAUUAGUGCUCAGUCUGGUUACCAAGCAUCUUGCCAAUGUUGCUGCCAACAGCAAACAGAACCUGAUGACAGUGGCAAACCUCGGUGUAGUGUUUGGCCCCACGCUCAUGAGGCCGCAGGAAGAAACGGUGGCAGCCAUUAUGGACCUUAAAUUCCAGAACAUUGUGGUGGAGAUUCUCAUAGAACAGCAUGAAAAGAUAUUCGGGGAUGCUCCGAGCAGCUCUCCAUCCUUAGCUGCUACACCCCUCUCUGCGCCAGCCAGACAGUCCAAGAGGCUCAGCCGGCAGAAUCGCCCGUUGGCUGUAUACAACCCGCAGGUGCUGGAUAUUCAAACAGUCUCUCCAUCCUCUGAGAGUCCAGGCCUGGUUAAUGAUGAGACAUCAGUGGGCAGUAAUGAGUCGGUCUCCUCCCAGUCUUCGAACGCCUCUGGAACGCCUCCCGAGAAAUCUAAGAAUCAUCACGCCACCAUUAGCACAUCCCUGCCAGAUAGCACCGGGAUAUGUACUGCCACAGCUUCAUGGAUGAAUUCUGCCUCCCCUGCCUUAGUUACUCCGGUGAAACCUGGAUUAGUAGGAACUGAGAAGAAUAAACCCGAGGAAAGUGUCACCCUCAAGAAAGCAAAGGCUGUGUACCCCUGUGAGGCUGAACACGAUUCCGAACUCUCUUUCCAGGUUGGCGCAAUCUUCCAUGACGGGUGUUCUAAUGCAUUACAUUUAUUGAAAUGGCAGGUUGUCCUCUAUCAUUCAACAAAAUCAUAGUAACUACCUGUACAGGCAUCCCGCUGUUUUCUCAUACAGGUCUGCACGUUACUGAUCAAUGGUUCAGAAUUCUCUGCCUUGUGUCUGAGACAAUAUUCAGCAUCCUCAGUAGGCAGUGAUAAUUAACAUUCACAGUUGUUCUUAUCCUCAGCACAGACAUAAACCCUAACAUACAUAAUUCCUCUAGCAUUAAAUCAUUGCUGCUCUCAUCUAAAAAUUACUUUUCACCUAUUAUUCACAAAUCUCCCACCUCUUGUGUUUGCUUAUUAAACACUUUGGCUAAUUGAAUAAUUAUUUCAGCUCCAUUUGACACACUUUGAACCCAUUCUGCUUAUUUUGUUCCCAAAAUGAACACAGAAAAUGCAGAAAAAGUAAUCGGGGAUUGGCUAUAGUUCUUCAAACUUUCCGAACUUGUACACAUGUAAUUUACAUUCAUCAGCCAUGCUAACUAUCCACAUAAAAAAAUGUCUUCCAUCCAAUGAGGACUUCUUGCUUGUCUGACAUACAGAGUGACAGAAGAGCUGCAGUAAGACUUUUACCUGUGUGUCCGUGGUUUUGCUCUGCAGUGACACUCUCCAGGGAGCCCGGAUGGCUGGAGGGUGUGCUGGAGGGAAAGCGAGGACUCAUCCCUGAAAACUAUGUGGAGAUACUGUAACUCCGAAAAGAACUAUCCUCAUACUUCUCUUUAUAUACAUGGUAUCCAUGGUCUCGGCGGCUCUUUCACAAUGGCACUGCUUGUCGUUCCUCCAUCCUUCUCCACACUAAAGACAUUGAAAGAGAAAAUAUAUAUACUGUAUCCAAAAACACAGAUGUUGCUAGCACAGGAGUUAAGUUCAAGUAUAAGCUAAAAUGUGCCGUAUACAUACAAAGAGACUGCACUUUUAGAAAUGUAAAUAUAAAUUUGCGUGGGAAAAUAUGUAUCCGUCAUUGUUGACUGUUGUCCUUUUUUUUUUUUUUCUUCUUCUUUUUUUUUCUAAGUUGCAUGUCUCGUAAUUUUAGCCAAGUAGUUUGGGUUGUUUAGCAUUAGUACACUCAAUACUCAAAGAUACCUUGAGUGUCUUUGUAUUUAAUAUUAUCAAGUUGCAUUUAAUUGGGCUGUGAUGUGAUGAUGUAUAGUAAAAUGUGUAACCUUAUGAGAGGGCAGUGAACGUUGUCAGUUUUGUGUCUUGGUUCAUUGGAACACUAGAGCGCUUAUGAGUGCUUAUCUGUUAUUAAUAUUGAAAUUGGUAUGCGAUUACUAAAUCUUUCGCAUUGAUUAAAACUGAUGCUGUGCCUUUAAAUUUAUUACGCAUAGCAGGUGGGACGCUGUUCGAUAACUCAAACAGAGCAACGUUUUUGCUAUUCUGUAUAUAGGUUUUAACGUUAUUUCGAAGAACAGAGACCGAUAAAUAAAAAAGUAACCCAUACAAUGACGUCAAAUUAAAUAUUGCCAAGUCUUACAUCUGUGUUGUAUACACAGAAUUAUUUUCGUGCAAAGAAACUUAAAAGCCUCUUUAAAGUUUACCACAUAGUUUUUGCAGAAACCUUAAAAAUGGCAGGACUUCACUGAUGUUUAAUGAGACCAUUUUCAUUUUUCUAAGAGCCCUUGUUCCACGGGUUCAUAUUUGUGACUGAGCAUAUCUGCAGUGAUUUCAGACAGUGAUUUAUGACCUCUGCAAAGGUCUUGGCAUUGAUAUCAUUUUUUUGAUGUUGAUCAAUGUUAAAUAAAUAAAGUGUUUUAUUCUUA